AUGAAAUCAAUUAAUUGGUCUAAAAUAUCGUCAGAAAAGAUAAUAUCAUCGGAAAAACCAAACUUAUGGAGUCUUGUGGCGGCGCAACACAAGUCAGACUUUCAUACAAACGUAGACUUUAGUGAACUCGAAGAGCUGUUUUGCCAGCCCUUCAACAACUCGGCGCCCAAUUCAUGCCCCGGGUCUCCACGUUUGCAAAGACGCCCGCAUUCAUCGGAAAUCGUUGGCUCGCCGUUCAAUAGCCUCGAAAGGAAAGGACUAAAGCGAUUGAGCGGUGAAUAUCAGGCGCCCCUUGAGUUGCAAUUAUUAGACGGAAAGAAAUCGUUGAAUGUGAAUAUAUUUCUGAAGCAAUAUCGCGGAAGUAUUGAAGAUUUAAUAAACAAAAUCUCGUGCGGAGACCACAAAGAGAUCGGAACCGAGAGGUUAAGAAAUUUGUUGAAAAUACUUCCGGAAGCGAAUGAAAUAGAAUUACUGAACAAUAAUAGUGAAGAAUCUCAUCGAUUGCCGGUCGCCGAGAAAAUUGAAGGAAUGCUUCUGAAGGAAGAGUACUAUUCAAAUGUCACUUAUUUAGAUCCGGCCAUUCAGUCGGUGCGUAAUGCCGCCAAAGAGAUCAGAGAAAACCAGAAAUUGCACGAAAUAUUGUACUCGAUAUUAAUCUUUGGCAACUUUUUAAAUUCGGGCGGUUAUGCAGGAGAUGCGGCCGGUUUUAAGAUGAUGUCUUUACUUAAAUUGCCUGAAAUUAGAGCCAACAAGCCAGGUCUCAGUCUAAUUCAUUACAUAGCAAUGCACGCUGAGAGAAAAGGAUGGCAUGACUUUAGUGUAGAGCUUCCGAGUCUGGAAGAAGCCUCGAAAAUUUCAAUCGAAAACCUUCGAUUGGAAGUCAAUUCGUUGUCAAAGAAAAUCCAGACAAUAAGUGAAGAAAUUAAAAAACAAGACAAAGAUUUAUCGCUUCAUAAAGAAAUGGAUAGUUUCCUCACUUCUAGUGAUCGAGAAGUGAAAAAACUGUCGACUGCUGUGGAAACCCAGUUAAAUGAAAUACGUGUAGAAAUGGCAGAAUUUCUAUGUGAAGACUUGGAUCGGUUUAAACUGGAAGAAUGUUUUAAAGUGUUUUCAUCAUUUUGUCAUCGAUUCAAACUAGCAAUCGAUGAAAAUGAAAGACGACGAGAGAAUGAGAUGAAACUGGAGGCCCGGAAGUCGAACUCUCAACUAAAACGGUGGACAAACAGCACAGAGUCGGAUAGCUUUUUGACGGAGUCUAAUAGUCUAACGCCAACCAAUUCUAGCAAUUGUUUAACAAAUUCAUUGAAUGGUUCACUAAAUGAAAACAAAUUGAAAAGAAGGUCACGAAGGAGUUCACAGGACGACGAACUCCACUCCGGGCUCAUGGAGUUCCUGAAGACAACAAAUGAUAUCGUAAGCAAUGAUAUACCGAUAUUUGGCGGAAGUUUCAGAAGAAUGGGAAGUGGAAGACGAAGUCGUACUUCGAUUCCUAUUAUUUCGGACUCAGAGCUAAACAGUAGAGACAGAAAUACAACUGAAACUCAAAUCAAAGAAGAAAUGAAUGAAUUGAAUGAAAACACAGAAUCUGAUGGCAAUAAACAUUUAGUGAAAAAGAGCGCUCAUUUAUCUGAUGUAGAAUCUGAUGAUGAGAUUCAUAAGAAAAAGUCUUCUUUUGACAGAUUCUCUCCUUUAAGGAAAACAUUAAGUUAUAAACCGUCAGAACUGGAGUCACGACUCAACAAACGUUUGACUAAAUUAGAUGACAAUAAGAUUUUGAUUAAUAAUAGCAGUGAACCACAGGAACCCAAACCAAUUGACAAGAAUAUUAUAUCUGCCGAAAGGGUUUCGAGUCCAACACAACUGAGACAGUAUUGGGCCACAAGAGAUAACAAUUGCAAUACCAAUAGGACGGGCAUAACCCGUCCCUCAACGCUGUUUGUGUCGAGCAAUUACAACAGUCAACAGCCGACUGCUGUCAUAACACCUACUAAACUGAUCAGAAACGAUGAAAUUGCGACCGAAAGUCCAACACUUCUGUCGCCUAUAUUGACGUUAGAAUCGGAGCGACUCAACAGAACUGGUUGUCUGCCCCGUCGGACAAGUAUAACAUCCCCGUCCACUGCAACGGCCGCAGCAAUUGUAACCCCCAUACAAAUGAAUGAGAAACCCAUAGAUGAGAAACAGACGGAUAAACUUUCGGCCGGACCUUUGAAAUCAAAACUUCCUCUUCCGGUCAGAAGAACGCCAUCCAAUCCAUUGACACAACCGAAGAAGAAUUUGACGACCGCUCUAAAUGUACCGAAGAUUGGAAUACCUGUUCCCACAAAGACAUCAACGAUUCGACAGACGUCUGCCCCCAUGAAUACCCGGACAUAUAGGACACCGUCGACUGUGAGCCGCACGAACAUGACAUCAGACAUGGGCUCCAUAUCAUCGAUGAGGCGCUCGUCACAACUGUUGUCUCCCAACCGAUCCUUUAUGAAACAGACGUCUUCUUCAGCAGCAAAGAGUCGAAUCAAUUCUAGAUAUUAAUCAAAACACAAUUCAAUAAAUACUCAACACUUGGUGUUUGAAAUAAAUGCAGUAUUGACCCGACUUUACAGAAUAUUAUUCACUAAAAUAGUAUUAAUUAGAAUAUAGC